AUGAAGAAACUUAAUACUAAUGAAAAAAAACGUAAACUUGUUUCGGAUUAUUUUAAAGUACAGAAUAAAAUUACCACAAUUGACAAAACCGACAAAACUGAAGAAACAAAAGAUAACCCCGGUCUUAAACCAGAAACAACACAACCAGAACAUAUUAUGUCGGUAAAUAUUGACUUAAAUAAUGUAAAUAAAUUUGAUAUUGGUAAUUUUAUUGACAAAUCAUAUGAAUUUAAGAGUAAUGAGGAUAAAUUGGAAAUUUUGAACAACAUUUGGGUACCAGAAAAUAAUUAUAUAUUUCCUAAAGUAGGAAACCGAAAUUUAAAAUUUCAAUAUCAGUGGUUGCAAAAAUGGUUUUGGUUGGCUUAUUCAUCUUUGUUAAACGGUGCAUUGUGUAAGUUUUGUGUGCUUUUUUCUAGAAAAAAAGGUGGUAUUGGGGAUCAAGCUCUUGGUGUCCUUUGUACUGUACAAUUUAACUCAUGGAAAAAUGCAAUUGAGAAAUUUAGUUUACAUGAAAUGAAAGAAUACCACAAGAACUGUAUUAUAACAGUUCAAACUUUGAGACACAAUGUUUCAAGUAAUACUUCGAUAAAUUUAUUGUUAGAUCAAUCAUUAAAAGACCAAAUUUCAUUCAAUAGAAAACUUAUAAUACCUGUUAUUGAAACAAUUAUAUUAUGUGGACGACAGGGAUUAGCUAUGAGAGGUCAUAAUGAUAGUGGUCCUUUAGCAUUAAACUUUCCAAUAGAAAAUGAUGGCAAUUUUAGAAGUAUUUUAAGAAAUACUUUAAAUCAAAAUAAAGAAUUAUUCGAAAUUCGGUCUAAAGCUAAUAAAAAUGCACAUUACCUAAGUCCAACAACUCAAAAUGAAAUUAUUAACAGCUGCCAACUUAUAAUAUUAAACAAAAUCGUAUCAGAUAUUAAUAAAUCACAAUGCUUCUCAAUUUUAGCAGAUGAGACAGCAGAUGUUAGUGGUAUAGAACAAUUUUCUCUGUCAGCUAGAUUUAUUAAAGAAAAUAUUAUAGUUGAAUCAUUUUUAUUAUUUGUACCUGUAUCUAGUACUACUGGAUCAAAUUUAUCUUCAGUUAUAAUUGAUACCCUAAAAUCAAUUGGAAUAGAUUUAAAAUACUUAAAAGGCCAAGGACCAAAAGACUAUAUGAUGGUGCUGCUUGUAUGUCGGGAAAAUUUAAUGGUGUUCAACAGUUAA